AAUGAUCACUGAUACUGCAAUUUUCAAUUGGGAGGCUAUAGAAACUGAUGGUGAUAUAGGGGAGAAUCGAGGGGGAGAUAUAUGUAUUCGACCUCUUCAGCAGCAGCAGUAGCCACCAGCCAGUUCAUGCUUCUUCAUCAUGAAUCUUCAUUCUUUUUAAUCUGUAAAUUUAAUUUGAUAUCCAAGCAAGAGCUCUACUUAGGAAGUUCUUUAGUUCAAUCUUCUAAUCCAAGCAUCCAAUCUCCUUUUCUUUUCAUCUCUUUACAGACGAAAUUGCAGUGUAAGCCAUCGAUAUUCUCAGGUUACUUUACAGGACGCUGCAAACUUAAAUUCAUCUGUGACUGGAAAUGAAGGGAGGAGCCGUGCUAGUGGCUAUUGCAGCUUCUAUCGGUAAUUUUCUGCAAGGAUGGGAUAAUGCUACUAUUGCUGGUGCCAUUGUUUACAUUAAGAAGGAUCUUGUUUUGCAAUCAACUGUUGAAGGACUUGUGGUAGCCAUGUCCCUCAUUGGAGCAACAUUGAUUACAACCUGCUCAGGUUCCAUAUCAGAUUGGCUUGGUCGGCGUCCAAUGUUGAUAAUAUCAUCUACGCUUUACUUUUUCAGUGGUUUGGUGAUGUUAUGGUCCCCAAAUGUGUAUGUGUUAUGUAUAGCUAGGCUACUAGAUGGAUUUGGUAUCGGUCUUGCUGUUACUCUUGUGCCAGUCUACAUAUCUGAGACCGCUCCAUCUGAUAUAAGGGGAUCUUUAAAUACACUUCCACAGUUCAGUGGUUCAGGAGGCAUGUUUGUCUCAUAUUGCAUGGUUUUUGGCAUGUCAUUGACAACCUCUCCUAGCUGGAGAUUAAUGCUCGGGGUUCUUUCUAUUCCCUCCCUCAUCUAUUUUGUAUUAACAGUAUUUUUCUUGCCUGAGUCUCCUCGGUGGCUAGUGAGUAAAGGAAAGAUGGUCGAGGCCAAAAGGGUUCUUCAGAGAUUACGGGGCAGGGAAGAUGUUUCAGGUGAGAUGGCAUUGCUGGUGGAAGGUCUUGGCGUUGGAGGAGAAACAAGCAUAGAAGAGUAUAUUAUAGGCCCUGCUGAUGAAGUGGCUAAUGGCAUUGAACCAACAGCAGAUAAAGAUAAAAUCCGGUUGUAUGGAUCUGAAGCAGGCCUCUCUUGGGUUGCAAAACCUGUCAUGGGAAACAGUUCUCUCGGUUUGGCAUCCCGUCAGGGAAGCCUUGCCAACCGAAGCAUGCCUCUCAUGGACCCUCUUGUGACUCUCUUUGGCAGUGUACAUGAGAAGCUCCCUGAGACAGGAAGCAUGCUUUUACCAAAUUUUGGAAGCAUGUUCAGCACAGCUGGGCCUCAAAUCAAAGACGAACAAUGGGAUGAGGAGAGCCUUCAAAGAGAAGGUGAAGACUAUGCCUCAGAUGCUGCUGGGGACUCUGAUGACAAUUUGCAUAGCCCUCUAAUCUCACGUCAAACGACAAGUAUGGAAAAGGAGAUGCCACCUCCUCCUUCUCAUGGCAGCAUUAUGAGCAGCAUGAGGCGUCACAGUAGCCUCAUGCAAGGAUCAAGUGAGGCAGUUGGUAGUACAGGCAUUGGUGGUGGCUGGCAGCUCGCAUGGAAAUGGUCCGAGAAAGAAGGUGAAGAUGGUAAAAAACAAGGAGGAUUUAAAAGGAUUUAUUUGCACCAAGAGGGAACUCCCGGAUCUCGACGUGGAUCCCUUGCAUCAGUUCCUGGUGGGGAUGCUCUUGGUGAAGGUGAAUUUAUCCAGGCUGCUGCCUUGGUUAGUCAGCCUGCUCUUUACUCCAGGGAACUUCUUGAUCAGCAUACAGUUGGGCCUGCUAUGGUUCACCCAUCUAAGACUGCUUCAGUGGGACCAAUAUGGAAAGCUCUGCUUGAACCAGGGGUUAAGCAUGCAUUGUUUGUUGGUGUUGGAAUUCAACUACUUCAGCAGUUUUCAGGAAUAAAUGGGGUUCUAUACUACACUCCCCAAAUCCUUGAGGAGGCAGGUGUUGAAGUUCUUCUCGAAAAUUUAGGCCUUGGCACGACAUCUGCAUCAUUUCUUAUUAGUGCGUUCACAACCUUGUUAAUGCUUCCUUGUAUUGGUUUAGCCAUGAGGCUCAUGGAUAUAUCAGGCAGAAGGCAAUUACUACUCAGCACACUUCCUGUGCUGAUAGUGUCACUCAUUAUUUUAGUGAUUGGAAACAUAGCGGACUUUGGGAAUGUGGUGCAUGCAGUAAUAUCAACUGCAUGCGUUGUAAUAUAUUUCUGCUGCUUUGUGAUGGCCUAUGGACCAAUUCCAAACAUACUUUGCUCAGAGAUUUUCCCUACAAGGGUCCGUGGGCUCUGUAUUGCCAUAUGUGCCUUGGUGUUCUGGAUUGGAGACAUCAUCGUCACUUACACACUGCCUGUGAUGCUUAGUUCCAUUGGACUCGCUGGUGCUUUUGGAAUUUAUGCUGCUGUGUGCUGCAUCUCAUGGGUAUUUGUGUACUUGAAGGUUCCAGAAACCAAGGGUAUGCCCCUUGAAGUCAUCACUGAAUUCUUUGCUGUUGGUGCAAAACAAGCUGCUUCUACCAAGAACGAGUGAUACAACCACUAGGUGUUAUAUAUACUCUCCAAUGUUAGUUCCUGUCUUUCGUCUUUGAACAUUUGUGCUAGUUAGCAGCAUCCCCCUAAUGGACGAAGUAGAACAUGUGUUGUUCUUUCAUACGAAAUUUUGCAUUUUAGAUAUGAAACUUGGAAUAUCUUUAGUCGAAA